AUGUCCCUGCAAGUCGAUGUGCUCGUGUCCUCGGCUGGGUCCGUUGCUGCCUUCGCCAGCAGCACUGCUGCAUACCUGUCUUCCGCCCGCGCCGCUGCGCCUUGCAUCCGCGUAGGCCUCUGUGCUCAUCAGCAACCACGCGCCCAGCCCCGAGCUGCUGCCUGCGGCAGCGCACCACCGCUCGCGGCCGUCGUCGGCUCCCCGUGCUGGCGCUGCUCCUCGCCGCCGUGCUCGCUCCGGUGCCGGACCGCGUCCCAGCAGCUGCUGCCGCUGCCGCACCUGCCUGUUGCUUCACCCGUCUCCGCACCAGCGCCGACCCUGGUCCUCCGCCUCCCGCGCUGCUCUGCCGGGCUCCGGAGCCACUGGCCGGCUGGUCCCCUCCGCCUCGCGGUCGCCUCCGCCUGCGCCCAGCCCUCGCGUCGUCAUGCUGCUCCGCCCCGCGCGCGCGGCCCCGCAUCGGCCGUCUCCGCAUCGCCCGUGCGCCCGCUAGGCCUGGGCCGGCUGUGGCUCCAAUCCUCGCCUCGGCAUCGCGCAUGCACGCGCGACCGACUCCUCCAGCUUCCACCACACCGUCCGCCUCGUCCCCGUGGCGUCUGGCCGCAUGGGUUCCGCUCCGCCUCACGCGCGCCCGCAGUCGGUCGCUCCGCCUCGCGCGCACCCGCAGUCGGCCGCGCCGGCCUCGCCUGCAUCCGCGGCGCCUCGCCCGCGUUCGCGGCUCCGCGCGCCGCGCCUCCCGGCCGGCUUCCACCAAGUCCGCGCGCCCCACGCCGCGCCCGCCUCCCGCGCCGAGUUCGGCCCCCUACCGCGUCGCCCGGCUCCACCAGCUUCACCCUGGCCGCAUCCGGCGCCGCUGGCCGGCUCCCGGCCACCUCCGCUGCCGGCCUCCGCGCCCCCGGCUGCUGCUGUGCCGCCUCCGCCGUCUGGCCUGCACCGGCUGUUCGGCUGCCCCCAGACUCCGCGCUGGCUACCGCCGCAUCCCGUCCGCCAGAUGGGCGCGCCAGCCGGCCCUCCGCGUCACCGGCUCGCUGCUAG